AUGAAGAGAGCCAUCAACACGGUGCGUCAAGGCGUCGUUGUGAUGCAGGCCUUCCGCGACAGCAUCGCUGAGCGGGAGGUAGCUGAUUCGUUGAAGGUGGAGUCAGACGACAACGGGAGACGAACCCUCAACCUGGGCGGUCUGGAGAUUCCCGUCGCGAAGGGCAAGUUGAAUCAGUACGAGAAGCUAUUUCUGCGCUCAGUUGAAUACGGCGAUGCGAAGACCGUCCAACGGCUCAUCGACAACGCCAAGAGCUAUAAUGUUAACGUCAACUGCAUGGACGAUAUGGGUCGCGGCGCGAUUAGACUGGCGAUUGAAGCAGAACAGACCGACCUGCUGCAGAUCCUGCUGACGUACGAGGCGAUUGAAUUACGGGACAAUCUUCUCCACGCGAUCUCUCAGGAAAAUGUCCAGGCCAUAGAACUCAUCCUGCAGGCUCAGAGCGAACGACAGCAACGCAAGAACUUAAAGGGGUUGCUGGGCCACAUCGAAUCGUCCAUCUUCACACCGGACAUCACACCGCUGAUAUUGGCAGCACACCGAGAUAACUAUUGCAUUAUCAAGAUCCUCCUUGACCGAGGCAACAAGAUUACCAAACCGCACGAACUACGUUGUUCGUGCAACGCCUGCGUCCAAGCCAACAGGGAGGACAGUCUCCAGCACUCGAAGCUGCGAAUCAACGCCUACCGUGCCCUCUCAAGCCCCUGCUUCAUUGCCUUGUCCAGCAGCGACCCGAUUCUCACGGCCUUUGAGCUGAGCUGGGAGACACGACGUCUUGGGCGGCUGGAGAACGAAUUCAGGGAGGACUACGAGAGGCUGUCGCAGAACUGCGAGGCAUUCGCGACGGCGCUGUUGGCGCAGACUCGCGGAUCCACGGAGCUGGCCAUCGUCCUCAACCACAAUUCCGGCUCCAGUAAGGACGAAGACGCAAUUCUCUACGGUGUAAGGAGUGAUUCGACAGGCCAGACAAUGCAGCUGUCUCGUCUUCGAUUGGCUAUCAAGUACAAACAGAAACAAUUCGUCGCACAUCCGCACUGCCAGCAGCUGCUGGCGUCUCUCUGGUAUGAUGGACUGCCGGGCUUCCGACGCAAGUCCUUCGUCGUACAAGCAGCUAUCAUCAUCCUCAUUGCCUUCCUCUACCCUGUUUUAUCGAUCUGCUGUCUCCUAGCCCCGGACUCGCGUUGGGGCAAUAUGCUACGAAAGCCCUUCAUUAAAUUCAUCUGUCAAUGCAGUGCCUACAUUGCGUUUCUGAUAAUCCUCACACUGGUGGCCGUACGAAUCGAGUUUUACUUCACGAACACUUUGGAGGAACGCAUGAGUCGAAGAGACCCCAAUCCGUCGCCCUUUGAAGCCCUGGCAAUCGUUUAUGUCAUCGGAUUCGUAUGGCAAGAAAUCACGAGCCUUUGGAUAUUGGGUGUGAAGACGUAUAUCAGCGACAUGUGGCAUCUACUCGACUUUGCGCAGAACUCACUCUUUAUCGCUACGAUUAUUCUGCGUAUCGUUGCGUGCAUUCGAGUUCAUGUUCACGAGGAGCCGGCAAUACUCGACCGCAGCAAGUGGGACGCCUACGAUCCAAUCCUCGUUUCAGAAAGCCUCUUCGCCAUCGCCAACAUCUUUGCCACACUCAAACUCGUCUACAUCUUUAAAGUUAGCCCCCAGCUAGGGCCACUGCAGAUAAGCCUCGGACGUAUGGUCAAUGACAUCAUCAAGUUCUUCUGCGUCUACAUUCUGGUGCUAAUUGCAUUCGCCUUCGGCUUGAACCAACUCUACUGGUUCUACGCCCACGAAAGGGCAAACAGUUGCCAGGGUGUGCGGUUCAGUUUGGCCGAGGGAAUGAAAGACGUCUACGAGUACUGUAUCACGCGCGGACGGUACUUGACCAACCUCUUUGAAAUAGCGCAAUCACUUUACUGGUCGGCAUACGGCCUAAUCGAUCUGACGAAUUUCAACCUGGAAUAUCCACACAGUUUCACGGAAUUUGUCGGAAAACUCAUAUUUGGUGCCUAUUCUUGCAUUGCUUUCAUUGUCCUUCUAAAUAUGCUUAUCGCAAUGAUGAACAACUCGUAUCAACAAAUCUGGGAACAAGCGGACAUCGAGUGGAAGUUUGCUCGUUCCAAGCUAUGGAUUAGCUAUUUUGCUGAGGGCUCGGCUCUGGCCGUGCCGUUUAAUCUCCUGCCAGGACGAGAUACCUUCAAGAGGCUUUUCAAGAGUUGCCGCUGUCCGUGCAAGAAGCAGCCCGACGAGGAAUCCGAUCUCGACUGGCACUCUAUCAAGGAGAAGGUGCAGAAGGUGAAUGAGAAGGAGGAGCGUCAUGCUGCGGUGAUGCGCGAGUUGGUCAAUCGCUACCUCAUGCACCGACAGAUGGACGUGGACAAACACGGGGUCACUGAAGACGACCUCAACGAAAUCAAAGGCGACAUCAGCGCCUUCAGAUUUGAGUUAUUUGAUAUUCUCAGAGACAACGGCAUGAAAGUUAAUUCAACCGACCACUUCAGAAAAGGUUGCCGUUUGCGUCGAAAGGCGAGUCGUUGCGCCAAGCCACCGUCAUGGAGGAUGGAUACAAUCAAUCUCGACGAGCUAGACAAGACCCAAAGUAAGACGAAGCAGCGUGAGGUGCCUCCGUGUGCUCCUGUUGCCACAGAGGCCACUGAUGGAAAGUGCAUCCAUCUCCCGGUGCCUCAGGAAAGGCACCACGAGAUUGUCAACGUGCCGAAACCCGCAAUGGAGGCCACAGGAGGUGCAUUCUCGAACCUCGCGUUUUUACCGGAAAUCGAGGUGACACGGCCUGAUGAGAGCUGUGUGUCGUUGAACAGCGACGUCGAGCCGCACGAAACCCAGGGCCCGUCUUUGCAUCUCAAUGCCACACAAUCAGCCGACGGUUUCCUCAAAGCAACCGACUCCAACGACGUCCAUCGUGCGGACUUCGUCUGA